CCAGCUUCACCGCAACAAAAUCCCAUCCACAUUUACCGUCCUCAGUUCUAGGCUAAAGCGCAGAUUAGUUUGCCCGAGCCGACUGAGAGUCUGCCUUGAUCACUAUCGCAAGUUUCCAUUGCUUUCCACCAGCCUCGCCACGCUAGUCCCCCGAGAGACUGUGUGCUCUGCACGUUUCGACAUUUCUUCCUCUGUUGCGCUCGAUCAUCUUCAACACCACGGCGCUUCUUUCACCUCCCUCAACUUGAAGCUCUAUUUGUCCCUCCGUUGACUAGACUUCUUCCCAUUGGCCACUCUACCCUAAAUCUCCCUCCCCUCUCCGUCCCCAAAUAAUGGCCAGCGUCACGCCUGAAGUCCUGUGGGCGCAACGCUCCUCUAGCAGCGAUGCAGCCAAAAAUCACGUGUUUCUGACGCUCAUGGUGUCGGACGUCCCGGCUGAGGGCAUGAAGCUCGAUCUGCAGCCCACAAAGCUGUCGUUCAAGGGCACCUCAACGUCAAAGAAAGUCACGUAUGCCGUCGAGCUCGAGUUCUUCGCCGAGAUCGACCCCAAGGAGAGCAAAAUCCAUCACACCGGCCGUGACAUCGAGAUGGUGCUGAGGAAGAAAGACCUGAAGGAGGAGUACUGGCCGAGGCUGCUUAAGGACAGCAAGAAGAUGCAUUUCUUGAAGACGGAUUUUGAUAAGCACCAAAUCCAUUCAGCCGACAACCUUCCGUGGCAAAGGAAAGAUUCUAAUAUAGAUGGCGCUAAUUGUGAACAGUGGGUUGACGAGGACGAGCAAGACGCCCAACCCGACGAUGAAGACUAUAUGUCCAAGAUGAACCCCAUGGGUGGUGGCGGCGACGGCGGCUUCGGCGGCAUCGACUUCAGCAAACUGGGCGCAGCACAGGGUGCCGGCGGUCUCCCCGAUCUCGGCGACAUGGCAGACCACGGCGAGGAGAGCAGUGAGGAUGAAGACGACGACAUGCCUGAGCUGGAGAAUGACGAUGGUAAACCCGCACCUGCUGCUGCUGCUACUGCUGCUGCCCCUGCCGCUGAGGCCAGCACUGAUAAGCCCAAGAUCGAGGAGGGUACGCGACUUUACCUAGACAUGUGCUUCCUUGAGGCGAAUUGGUUGGAUGGCAGAGUGCACUGCACAUUUUCUGGGGUUACUGCAUCUGUGUAUCUCUCUCAGGGUUUCUUGGACCUGGCUCAGUGGACAACGGGUACUGCGUGCAAUUGCAGGCAGAAUAAAUCUCAUAUGACUACACUCUUUGUCUUUGAUGUGAAGACUUGCUUCAAGCUCUAG